GCUAUUUCCCGCCAGAUCAGGACUGUCCUUGGUCUUUAGGAGGUGGUCAUGCUCUAUGAUGAGCAGAAAUAGACGCGGCCCCCUCAGACAUGUCCAUGCGCCAUGGAGUUCAUGAGUGCGAUAUAGUGCGAUGGAUGGAAUGAUAGCGAGCCUGGUGUCUCGUGGUCUCCUCGUGGCAUUCGCAAGGCCGGGCUAAUUGCCCGAGAUAUUCGCUUCGCUGGCAUAAUAAAAGCUGGACGUCAAGAAUCGAUGGAGGCAAAAGAGCCUCAUGCGCCCCUCACUUGUCGUCGGAGCCUUCGCGCUGCUGCAAGGCGUCGCUGCUCAGUGGGCGAUUUGGGACCUUUGGACCACAACAUACGACCAGAGCAGCCUACUCACCUAUUCCCAGCCUCCUAAUGGGAUUCAAUUCACUUCACCCGGUGCAACAGGCGACGUCGAUAUCCAGGUCGAUGACUCGUCCGUCUACCAGACCAUCUAUGGUUUCGGUGCCGCUCUGACCGACUCAUCUGCGCUUGUGCUCAGUGGGCUGAAGAGUACGAGCCCUACCAAAUACUGGCAGCUCAUGGACUACUUGUUCAACAUCACCGACGGAGCCAACUCUGGUGCUUUCUCUUAUAUCCGUGUCCCUCUCGGGGCAUCGGAUUUCUCGGCGAAAGCCUAUACCUACGAUGACACUACCAACAACACCGCCGAUCCCAACCUGACUCACUUCAACAUUAGCGUGGCUCCGUCGUACUUGUUCUCUACCCUCACCGACAUCUUGACGGUCAACCCUCAACUACGAGUCCAUGUCGUCCCAUGGUCGCCUCCCGCGUGGAUGAAGAACGGGACGAUGGACGGCGGGUAUAUCCAACCUCAAUAUUAUAACGCCCUGGCCAACUACUUGUUGAAAUCCCUCCAAGGUUUCAAGACAAAGGGUAUCCCGAUCUUCGCUAUCAGCAUACAGAACGAACCUCAGUACACCAAUCCUACCAUCCCGACUACCAACGUGACUGCUCCAGCCGAGGCGGCCAUCGGCAAGCUGCUCCGGCCUUUGAUGAACAGCAACGGGUUCGCGGACACAAAGCUUAUCGGAUACGACCAUAACUGGGACAACGCGGCUACCUAUCCCGUGCAGCUGAUGCAGCAAGCCGGAAGCUCGUUUGACGGUGUUUCGUUCCAUUGCUACAAAGGCUGGGUCGAAGAGCAGGCUUAUUUCACGGAAAAGUUCCCGGACAAGGAGGUGUACUUUACCGAGUGCUCGGGCACGUUCGGCUCGGACUGGUGGAGCGACAUCAAGGACUGGAUGGACAACAUCAUGAUCGGCUCAGUUACGUACGGCGCCUCGUCCGGACUCAUGUGGAACUUGGCCUUGGACCCCGAAGGCCAUCCUAAGCUGCCUGACGCAGCCAGCUGUGGUGGGCCAGGCUGUCGAGGCGUCGUCACGGUCACCAACACCACUUGGUCCGUGAACCAGGAAUUCUACUCACUGGCGCAAGCAGCAAAGGCCAUCAUCCCCAGAGAUUCCAACGGGCCAUGGGGCCAGCGGAUCGGGGUCAACGUCACCGGUACCGGGCUCACCGUCGGAGCAUACGUAACGGGCCGCGCUUCCUCGAGCGACUGGAACCGGUACUCUCUGGUCGUCCUUAACGAGAACGACGACUCGGAUAACGGCGGCUGGAACCCGCAAGCCGUCGAUGCGACGAUUGAGUUCAGAGGGACGCAGGCAACGUACACGUUCCCUGUUGGCGUGACCACAUUGUGGUGGUACGCACCUGCACAGUAACGCAUGCACAGUACGGACACUCUUUGGACAAUUUUAGGUUAUGUGACGUGAUAUAUCGGACUCCAAGCUAUUGAUAAUUGUAGAGGACAUGUUAGUUUGUAUCCUUCAUUAUUCUCGCCCGGGACUUUCAUUUAUCUGCUUAUCUCGAAUACCCAUACCGUAUACUGACCCGUACGCGCUAUAACUACAACUUCAAGGAUAGUAGUUCGUAUUUUUACACCUGCUCUACUAGUGGACGGACAAGCUAGCACCGUUCUUUAAACACUCGUUCAAAGUACAUAGUACCCAACGGACAUGACCGUUCUCC